CCAGGCGGAGUGCUCAGUAGUAAUUCAGAACUCAGUGGGGGUGUUCAUACGUUCAGUUCUGGCUUCUUAACACGUGUGUAUACAAUGAAUGUGUUAAAUACUUUGGAUAUUAGAAGAGAAUACCUGUGGAUAAUACUCUUCUGCACCACCCUGACUGGGGCGUCUGUGUGUGAAGUGAAUGCCACAUCAAAGACUGACCCAGAUGUCAGUGGGGUCAGCAUCAGCAAGGGCGAUACUUUCCUGAUAUGUCCUGGGACACAUGAUCCAGCCAACCACACAGCUUGCUGCUACACUGCUGAAGGAGACACUGACGACCUCCAGGAAGAUGUACAGGAUUACCCUAGGUGUUGUGUCCCGACUUCACCACCUGUAGGAAUCUUCUACAUUGAUGAUCAGUUAGCUAUGAUCAUUGCUCUGAGUGUGACAGCAGUAUGCGUCAUUUUAACCAUCAUCAUCAUUGUAUGUUGCUUCUGGUCAAGAUGUCCACUUUACUCGGCCUGCAGGAUACGCUACCACCAAGAUGAUAUUAUUGCCUAUGCUUCCAAAGAUGAAGAGACUGCUGGCCUUAAUGACAUGCCUCCAGAAGAAACCAAAGGUGUCUCCAUAUACUCUCCAAAUUCUAUGAAGGUCACUCUCAAGAAUGACAUAUAGUGACUCCUUCACUAUCACUUCCAUAUAGUGAGCCUUACAGCAUUUUUCCAGCAUACUGAGUCAUUAAGAAAAACUUCAGCAUAACUUCUGCAGCAAAAUUAAGUAUAGCUACUACUGUUGCAUCAUUUCCCAUCACUGUAUAAAGAUUUUUAAUUUAUAUGGUGAUGACUUGGUAGUUUCUUUGUAAGUGUCAAAUGAGGCAGGUUGUGAUGGCAGUGUAUAUCUGUAGGCUGCUGGAGGCAACAGCCUGGUUGAUCAGGCAGUCAGCAAGGAAAUCUGGCCUCAGGACAGUCUGCAUGGGCUGAUGAGCCCUCAAAAUCAGUCACAGGUAUAUCACAGCAUUUAUCCAGUUUGAUUUAUCCAUAUUGAUUUUCAGUGUGUGAGAAGAUUUCAGAAUAAUGACUAGACCUUAGCACUGCAAUAGAUACAGUGCUACUGUAGCAAUACUAUAGCACUAUUACUUCAAUAAAUACAGUGCUGUGGUAGCAAUACCGUAGUGUUAUAUCAUUGCAAUAGAUAAUACUUUUGUAGCAUUUUUUUAGAAGUUGAGCACAAAUUGCACACAAAUUAUUAUUUAUUUCUUGAAACAUGUUUUAUAGGCAUCAGUUCUAUAUUCCAAAUUUACAAGACCAGGCAAGGCCUGGUCACAGACCGGGCCAUGGGGGCAUUGACCCCCAAAACCCUCUCCAGGUAUCUCUAGGUAGUAACCAUUUUAUUAUAUACUGUAUUUAAGUGAUAUUUAUUGAAAUUGUAGCCUGUAUAGUAGUCAUGAACUUCCUUAAAAAUCAAAGAAAUUAUUUUAAAAUUGUUAAUGUUUUUAUUUGUGGAUGCUGUUUUACAUUGUUAUUGAAUUAAAAUUUGGAUUUUUGGUCUCUGAAUUAAACCCUGUUUAGGGUAUGUCCGUAGGUUUCACUCAAGUAACAUAUAUGGACAACGAAACGCUUGAAAAACGUUAGUUUCUGAGUUGCACCAAAUCUAUUUCUAGAUGAGUACUACUUUCAGGUACCUUUUUUGGCAUCUACUGUUUAAUUAUUUGGUUAUCCUAUAUAUAAUAUUUCAAAAGCUAUUUUUUGGUUAAUAUAAUAUUUAUGUUAAGUUAAUAGAGCUGUGUAUAAUGUAAUGUUAAAAACUUCCAUUGACGUAUUCAGCUUUCAGCUCACAACUGAAAGUAUCUGAGGUCGCACCCUGGGCACGAUGAAUGGACAAGUUUAUUUAUUUAUUUAGUCAUAUCCAUGGGGAAUAGGACCUAUAAAGGACCCAACAAAAAUAAGCCACAGUGUUACCCUAAGUUAUUAAUCCUCUGGGAUAAUCCAGAAGCCUCACUAUGGUUUCAAAACAAAUAGUAG